CAAUUAAGUGCUGAGGCAGCAUGGACAGUUUGCCAGAUAUUUGUGAUCUUCAUCAGGUUAUCGAGCCACACCUUGGGGGUGGAAGACUGCGCAGCUAUCAAACAAACAGCUUGACGCAGCCGGGCGACAAUUAUGGCAGCGUUCUGCUAUCAAUUCGCGCACAGGUUCAACGCCCAAAUGGAGGAGAGCUUUAUGAAGUGAAUUUGGUGGCUAAAGUACCACCAACAGAUCCCAAAUACUGGCAGUUUAUUCAGCCGGAAAGGACUUGUCUCACUGAAAAUGCUGUGUAUAAAAUCCUGGCGCCUGCCCUGGCCACACUGCAGGCAGAGGCGGGCAUUCCACAGGCUGAACAUUUUGAUGGAUUCGCGCAGUACUACGGCUCACGGACAACGCUUGAUCCGAGCUGCCAGCUGGUGGAUCAUGAUGCCAUAUUGGUGCUGGAAAAUCUGAGGGGAAGUCAGUACGUUCCAGGCCAGCGGCUGCAGCCCUACGAUCUACCACACACAUUGAUGGCGCUCACGUACAUGGCCCAGUUUCAUGCGCUACCUCUGGCACUGCGACUGCUGAAGCCUCAUGUAUUCCAGGAGCAGGUGAAACCUUUCUUCGAGAAGUUCGAUUGGCAUGCGGCUGCGCCAGAAUCGAAGGCUGUUAUGAAAGCGGAGACACUAGAAGACGUACGCAAAGCGACUAACAAUAACGAAGAGUUGGUUUCACGCGUUAAGCAAUUGUCCGACGAGUUCUUUGACUUUCUGGCAGCUCCCGCAAGCAUGCCAGAUGGGCCAUUUACUAGCAUAAUUCACUCGGACUUCUGGAUCAACAAUCUAAUGUUCCGUUACGACCCCUCUGGCCAGCCCACUCACAUGAAAAUAAUCGACUUUCAAACAGCACAAUAUGAUUCCGUUGUGCAUGACAUAAUCUCGUUUCUGUUAUCAAGCGUUGAUAUUCCUAUCUUGGAGCUACACUUCGAACACAUGUUGGAGGUCUACUACAAGACAUUCAUAAGCUGUCUGGCGCGAGUGGGGGCACAGAUAUCAGGAUACAGCUACACAGCGUUUCGGGCUGAGGUGAAGCAUGUUGCCUACAUUCAGGUGCCGCAUGCUAUAUUCAUGACGAGAUUCAUUCUGGCCGACAAUGUGACCGCACAGCAAACAGAACAGCGUCAGCUGGCCGAAGUGCUGAAGAACACGGGCUCGGAGCGCAUAUGCCAUAAACUGAAGCAGAUACUAAGCAUAGCACAGCAGUUUGACAUAUUGUACUAAUCAAUUAUUAGAAAACAAUAA